ACCUGUCCAACUGAACUGCCUGAGAAAAGCCAUUUUGUUGUGCUAGCUAGCUACAUGCUAUAAAGGGAGCCAUCGGCAUAUGGAUGUGUUAUAUCAACGCUAACAAAAAAAUGUCGCUUUUAUGUUUUCGUCCACAGUCGCAAAACACAAAAAUUGGCCUCGGCAACACCCGUGAGCAGUUAGCACCGACGCGGACUAGCCUGCGACGCUAAGCGCGCUGAAGAAGCGGACGAUAAGUGGGAGCUAACGUGUGCUGCAGUCUCAGAUGACACAGUGUUAGCUUGUUUAUGUAGCUCGCAGUUAUGCUUUUCUUUUCCUCCUGUUUGACUCACUUCACUCCGGUCAGCCUUCGCGUGUGAGUGUGUUUCUGAAUAGACUGCGACCGCGUCGUAGCGUCACCCGAAGGCAAGUGUUGCCCACGAAAGGGACUCGUGUGCUGUGUCACAGUGCACAGAACAAGAGGCAGCAGCAAGUUAGCAAAACACUUGCAACACACUCGGUGUCAAAGCCGACGCGCUAAUCAGAUAAUGGCAGAGGACACCCGACAGGACAAGAGGGCCAGCUUCUCCGCGAUCGCGGAGCACAACACCAACGGGAUGGCCCGGAGCUCCGCCGUGGCCUCGGCCAAAGGUGGAGGCGCCUCCAAGAAGUUGGUGAUCAAAAAUUUCAAAGACAGGCCAAAACUAGCAGAGAACUACACUGAAGACACGUGGCUGAAGCUGCGAGAUGCGGUGGGAGCCAUUCAGAACAGCACCUCGAUAAAGUACAACCUGGAAGAGCUCUAUCAGGCGGUGGAGAACCUGUGUUCGUAUAAAGUCUCCCCGACGCUGUAUAAGCAGCUACGGCAGGUCUGUGAAGAUCACGUUCAAGCCCAGAUCCAGCAGUUCAGAGAAGAGUCUUUGGACAGCCUCUCCUUCCUGAAGCGAAUGAAUCGCUGCUGGCAGGACCACUGCAGACAAACUAUAAUGAUCCGAAGUAUCUUUCUCUUCCUGGAUCGUACAUACGUGCUGCAGAACUCCCUACUUCCCUCCAUAUGGGACACCGGGUUGGAACUCUUUCGCACUCACAUUGUGAGUGACAGCGCAGUUCAGAAGCGCACCGUAGAUUGUAUCUUGGAGCAGAUCGAAAUGGAGCGGAACGGGGAGACGGUGGAUCGCAGUCUGCUCAGGAGCCUGUUGGGCAUGCUGUCAGACCUGCAGGUUUACAAAGAUUCCUUCGAGGAGAGAUUUCUGAUCGAGACCAAUCGUCUGUAUGCGGCGGAGGGACAGCGGCUGAUGCAGGAGAGAGAUGUGCCGGAGUAUUUGCAUCACGUGGCUCGUCGGUUAGAGGAGGAGAACGAUCGCAUCAUGAGCUACCUCGACCAGAGCACUCAGAAACCACUUAUUAGCUGUGUCGAGAAGCAACUUUUAGGAGAACAUAUGACUGCAAUGCUACAAAAGGGCCUGAGCACCCUGCUGGAUGAGAACCGUGUGACCGAACUGGCCCUCCUCUACCAGCUCUUCAACAAGGUGAAGGGAGGUCUUCCCACUCUGCUGCAGUUCUGGAGGGAUUAUAUCAAGUCCUUCGGCGGAGAGAUUGUUUGUACUCCGGAGAAAGACAAGGACAUGGUGCAAGAACUGCUCGACUUCAAGGACAAGAUGGACAACGUGGCGCAGAGCUGCUUCACGAGGAACGAGGGAUUCAUCAACGCAAUGAAGGAGGCGUUCGAGACCUUCAUCAACAAGAGGCCCAACAAACCUGCUGAACUUAUCGCUAAAUAUGUGGAUUCCAAGUUGAGAGCAGGGAACAAGGAGGCUACAGAGGAGGAGCUGGAGAGAAUCCUGGACAAGAUAAUGAUAAUUUUCCGUUUCAUUCAUGGAAAAGAUGUUUUUGAAGCCUUUUACAAGAAGGACUUGGCCAAGCGCCUGCUGGUCGGCAAGAGUGCGUCUGUGGAUGCCGAAAAGUCCAUGCUCUCCAAGCUCAAACAUGAAUGCGGAGCAGCUUUUACCAGUAAGCUCGAGGGGAUGUUUAAGGACAUGGAACUUUCCAAAGACAUCAUGAUCCAGUUCAAACAGUAUAUGCAGAACCAGAGUGAGCCCAGCAACAUAGAACUGACAGUUAACAUCCUCACUAUGGGCUACUGGCCCUCGUACACACCCAUGGAGGUCCACCUGCCCCCGGAGAUGGUAAAACUCCAGGAGGUGUUCAAGCUGUUCUACCUGGGGAAGCACAGUGGGAGGAAGCUACAGUGGCAGCCGACACUGGGCCACGCCGUGUUAAAAUCAGAGUUCAAAGAGGGUAAGAAGGAGCUGCAGGUCUCCCUGUUCCAGACUCUGGUGUUGCUGAUGUUCAACGAGGGGGAGGAAUUUAGCAUAGAGGAGAUUCGCACGGCCACCGGCAUAGAGGAGGGCGAGCUCAAGCGCACGCUGCAGUCCCUGGCCUGUGGGAAAGCACGUGUCCUCAACAAGAACCCUCGAGGGAAAGAGGUGGAGGACGGAGACCGCUUCAAUUUCAACUAUGAUUUUAAACACAAACUGUUCCGCAUCAAGAUCAACCAGAUCCAAAUGAAGGAGACGGUGGAGGAGCAGGUGAGCACCACCGAGCGCGUGUUUCAAGACCGGCAGUAUCAAAUCGACGCGGCCGUGGUCCGCAUCAUGAAGAUGAGAAAGACACUCAGUCACAACCUCCUCGUGUCGGAGCUCUACAACCAGCUGAAGUUUCCCGUCAAGCCGGGCGAUCUCAAGAAGCGCAUCGAGUCGCUCAUAGACAGAGACUACAUGGAACGGGACAAGGAGACACCUAACCAGUACCACUAUGUUGCCUGAGGGGGAUCCACUGGCACCACCAAGCUUUCCUCACGGCGAGCGGACAGCUGCCCCCCACCCACCCCAUCAAAGCAGCAUUACAGCCACCCAGCUCUCUGGUGCCUGUCUCUCCCUUCAUCAACAGUACCCGGACACAGCGUCCGGAUCUCACACUCAAGGCUCCGGUGACGACGAGAGACACUUGGCCGUACUGUUCCCACCCUGCGACAUCUUCGGUGGGACGCUGACACGGGGCUGGCCUGGUUUGUUGAUGGUUGGUUUAUGUGACUUACAAAUCUGCUAAUGCAAAACUCAACUGAAAAUAACUAGCACUUUUCCUCUUGUUUUUGUUUUGGGGUUUGUUUGUUUUUUUUGACCAUCCUCUGGAUUGGGAUUUUUUUUUCUUCCUUUUUCUUUUGACUUGUCAUUCUAAAAAAAAUCACCUAUUUUCUACAGUAGUUGGUUUGUCAUGAGUUUUUAAGAUUUUUUUUGUUUUUGUUUUUUUUGGUUGGGGGGUUUCCUCUUCCAACGGUUUGGUUGGUUGCUUGAUUUGGCAGAGAAGCAGCUGUUGAGGACACAAGAGGAGAGGAUGGACGAAGUGUUCCAGAGGGGCGGAGUCAGAUGUGUUUAGGUCAGGGGGGAGGGGAGGGGAGGGAGGGGUUAUUACUUGUAACACAGACGCUAAAUGAUUUGCAGACAGGCCACUUGGGUAUGUCUUUGGUUAUCAUGUAUGUUUUGACCAAAAUGUCCAAUGUCACGUGCGUGAUGUUUUUGUAGAUCAGAUUGUAUUCUAUGUACGAGUGAGAAAAGUGAACCUGAAUAAAUGGAUAUUUAAUGA